AUGUCGUCCAACAGCACACAUUACACUCGCCACUUCUGUACCCAAAUCAGUCCCGAAUGUCCUGUUGAGGAUUCGACAUACGGCUAUUAUCCGAAUCUGGGCGUCAACUCGUUCUUCAUUGCACUGUUUGGGCUUUGCCUCUUCGCACAACUAUUUCUGGGGGUAUGGCGGCGGACGUGGACUUAUCUCGUCGUCGUAGGCAUCGGCUGUUUUGGCGAAGCUGUUGGAUAUAUUGGACGAAUAAUUAUGCACCACAAUCCCUGGUCUCCGGCAGGCUUCAAGACUCAAAUUUGUUGCCUCGUGCUGGCACCGAGUUUCUUGGCUGCCGGUAUCUAUGUGACACUGAAGCACGUUGUCAUCUACUGCGGACCAGAGCACUCGCGACUAAGGCCAAACCUGUACCCCUGGAUCUUUAUUGGUUGCGACUUUGGUUCAAUUGUGCUGCAGGCGAUCGGAGGUGGCACAGCCGCGGCUGCUGGUAGUCAAGGCCAGAACAAGAAACUAUUGAAGGCUGGUGACGACCUGAUCGUUGCCGGUAUUGCUUUUCAGGUUGCCACCAUGGCAGUCUGCGGCGUACUCGUCCUCGAUUACUUCCUCCGCUUCCAGAAGGCCAAAAAGACAAAGUCUGAAGCUCACUUGGAGAGCGAGUACGAGAAAAAUGCCACCCAAGGAAAGGCUAGCCGCAAUUUCAGGAUAUUCUGCAUCGCCAUGGGCUUAGCUUUUCUCACGAUUUUCAUCCGUUGUAUUUACCGUCUCCCAGAGAUGGCUGGUGGCUGGGGCAACAAGCUCAUGCAGAACGAACACGAGUUUCUCCUUCUUGAUGGAAUGAUGGUGGGCAUCGCAUCCGUAUUGAUGACCAUCUUCCAUCCUGGCUUCUUUUUCGAGCCGAUGCGCAGAUUCAAGAAGUGA